CAUUCCACUUCCUGGGCUCUGCAGGUAAGAGGCACACCUGCGAGGCGGACAGAAGAAAGAAAGGAAACGAAAAGGCCAGGGUUCCGUGAUCUCAACAAGAGGCACCACCCAACGUCUGAGUUUCGGCUGAAUCCAAGAGAUAAGCCGUGAGUGAGUAGAAGACCGAAGGAGGGGGGUAGGAGAUCGAAAAGUUUGAGGUGAAACAGAAGAUCCGCGAGGGAGCUCAUUCGAGGCUGUCCAGAGCUGAGACGGAGGGAGUGCUCUUGGAACAACAGAAUGUUUCCCGAAAAGCUCCCGGUGUUCCUGCUGCCUAUUUUUUGUACGCUCGCCUUCGCGGCGGACGGAGAAAGUUUCGGGGAGACCUGCCUGGGAAAGUUCACCACUGGGACGCCCGGUUUCGUUCUGGACACUGACGACUCGGUGCAGAGGGGUGCGACAUUUCUGGCGUCGCCCAACGUCACCCGGUGGACUGAGUGCUUGCGCGCCUGCUGUCUCGACUCGCACUGUAAUCUAGCGAUGGUGGAGGGACCUCACGAGGAGCUCACCCACGACUGCUUCCUUUUCGAUUGUAUUUACAAACAGAGUUUUGUGUGCAAGUUCAUCAAGAAGGACGGCUUCGCCAACUACAUCUUGACGACGGUGUCGAACACGUACCUUUCGAAGCCACCUAAUCCUGAAGAUGCAGAUAAACCUCCCAUUGCCAAACCUGGUCCAACAAGGGUCAUUCAACCAAAUGAAACAUUGACACUGACUGGCAUAGAAAGUGGAGAUGACCAUGAGAUUGCCAGCUACCAGUGGAGCCUGGUCCAUGGAGAUCCAUCAGUGGUACUAAAGAAAACAGACAAAGCUGAUGAAGUGCUUGUAUCAAACCUUAAGCCAGGUGUCUACAUAUUGCAGCUAACCGUGACCGACUCAAGCGGACAGAUGGGCUCUGCAAACGUUUCUAUCUAUGUUCUCACUGCUGAGCAGUCAACAAGUCACUGUUUGGCUCCAAGGAAGACCGGUCCAUGUCGUGGAUCUUUUAGGCGCUGGUAUUACAAUGUGGAAACUCAGCAAUGUCAACCCUUCAAUUUUGGGGGGUGCAGAGAGAACAAGAACAAUUAUUUGAAAGAGGAGGACUGUAAAAAUGCAUGUGAUGGAGUCACUGCUGCUUCACUUGUUAAGCCUCCUUCUGGACGUGGAUCUUUUUCACAUGGCAAUUGCAAGACCGAAUGUACUGGCAGUCAUUACAAAUGUGCUAAUGGCUGUUGCAUAGACAAAUACCUCGAGUGUGACGGCGAGAAGAACUGUGAUGAUGGAUCUGACGAGGCUUCAUGUGCUUCAAUACGAGAUAAAUUUGGACGAUUGCUGGAUGUACAGGUGGAAAAGGACAAAGUUCUCUGCACAGAUCCUCCAUUGACUGGCCCCUGUCGUGCACACUUCAAACGAUGGUGGUAUGACCCCUACAACCGAGACUGUCAUCCAUUCACUUUUGGUGGCUGUGAUGGAAAUGAGAACAACUUUCUGGAUGCUGAUACUUGCAGAAGAGCAUGUCAUGGAGUUACUGAGAAAGAUGUUUUUUCAAGAGGACUAUUUGAACGUCAGGAAGGCGAUCACUCCAAGUCAGGUAUCAUUGCGGUUGCUAUACUGCUUGCUGUUGCUAUAGCAAUUGUUCUUGCUAUUCUGGGUUACUUUUUGUUGAAGUCGAGAAAGGAGCAGCCCCGACAUCAGGCUGUGUCAUCCAAUGGCUCCACACUUUCUACAACAGAAGACACUGUAAGGCUCGUCUACAACACCACAACCAAACCCAUCUGAGAUCUUUGCCAGGAAUUCAUCAUAACUGUGAUCUCCACAUCUCUCUGUUCUAAACUGGAUUACUGCAGUUCAUUUGUGUGUUCCUGUAUAUAGGCCUAUUGCCCUGUUUCAUGUUUGUUUUUAUUAUUUUUUUCAGUUGAAUGUAAAGAAUAAAAUUCGAAUAGAUUUUUUUUUUUCCUUUUACAUUUUUUUAUUUAUUUGGGAAGAUUGAGCUUUAAAAAGGGAAAAGAGAGUCCUUGUUCUAAUUUACAACUUGGUGCAUUUAUCAGACACCCUGAAUCCAGUAAUAUUUUUUUUUUUUUUACAUGCCUUGGGUUGUGAUGCUGAAAACUUGAUAUCUUGGCAUGUAAAAUCUCAUUGAAUCAAAAUUUAGUUAUUAAAAAAAAAAAAAAA